UUGUCGUCCGCCAUGGUAGCCAUGGGAAACAGAUGUUUGUCAUCAAGGCCACUCAGUAUUAUGACACUCGAUUCCUGAAACUACUGAGAUUCUAUAUUUGCUUGACUGGAAUACCAAUGGCUCUCUUAAUAACUUACGUCAAUGUGUUUAUUGGUGAAGCUAAACUUGCAGAGAUCCCUGAAGGCUAUAUUCCUUACCAUUGGGAAUACCAUAAGCAUCCAAUAACCAGGUGGAUUGUUAGAAAUAUCUAUGACCCACCAGAGAAGGAUUAUGAGAAAAUGAUGGCUCUAGUUGCUGUGGAGGCAGAGAAGGCUGAUUUGAGGGGGAAGCAUCUGGAGGCAAGGCGUUUGAUGAGAACGAGGGGUGAUGGACCUUGGUACCAUUAUGAAACUCUGGAUAAAAACCUGAUCGACAAUUCACACAAAUCGAGCCCUGAUAAAUAGAAAUAUUUCUGUAUCAUGUCAAAUACUAAGGAUGUUAAGAUAUUACCAAAUGACCUCCUCUAAAUGUGUGUGUCAUUAUUCAACGGUAGAAAUAAAAUCUCAUUCCAAUA